GAAGUUCAUUUCGCCGACAUUCCCACAUGGUGAAAAUGGCUGCUGACGGGGAAAAACAGCAGGGCCACAGAGCUGGCAUAUACAAACAGAAAAAUAAAGUACACAAACAUGGUAAACAUCGGACGAAAGGUGACAUUGAAAGAGAAAACAAAGGGAGAGUUUCAGUGACAGCCCUCACAAAAAAACAACGGAAGGAGCUGAAGAAGAUGGACAGAAGGCACAAGGCCAACCAGCUACGCAGAAAUAAGAAGGACAUGAUCCUGACAGAAAAGCGGCGUCUGGGCAGCAGGGACGGACCUCCUCAUUUGGUUGUGGUGGUAUCCCUACAUGCAGGAGCGGAUGCUGGUGCUGUAACUAAGCUGCUAAGAGAAGAAGGCUCUGGAGGAAUUGUGCAGCAGGAGGGGUGCAUCAGUGGCGUUAGCGACAGCUUUGGGCUCAUUCUGCCUCGUUUCAAACUGAGGUUCACCUUUCUUAGUCAGAGCACAGCUGACAUGCACUCCCUGCUGGACGUGGCAAAGAUUGCAGACACCCUGGUGUUUGUCAUGGAUUCUGCUGAAGGUUGGGACAGCUACGGAGAAUAUUGUCUGUCAUGCCUCUUCGCCCAAGGCCUCCCCAGCCAUGCACUAGUGUGCCAGGGUAUGUCAGACGUUCCUGUGAAGAAGAGGGUCGAAUCCAGAAGAGCUUUGUCAAAAAUAGCAGAGGUCCGCUUUCCAGAUGCCCGUCUUUUCCCCCUGGACUCUGAGCAGGAUGCAACUCUGCUUCUCAGACACCUGGGAUCUCAGCGACAAAGAAAGCUGGGUUUUCGUUCCAGGCGUUCCCAUCUUAUAGCACAGAACGUUACUUUUUCACCCAACGGCCCUGUAGAGGGAACCGACAGCGGGCGCACCGGCCUUGGCACGCUCUGUGUUUCUGGGUAUGUUCGAGGCCAUCUUCUUGGGGUACACCGAUUGGUGCACAUCAGCGGUCACGGAGACUUCCAGCUCAGUCAGAUUGAUGCUCCAUCUGACCCACUUCCACUCAACUUAACAACACCCAGAACGGCAAAACCUGGAAAAAUCCAAGAGGUGGAGAUGCAGGAAAGAGAUGUUACCGAAGCUCCUGUGCGAGUUCUCAUGAAAGCUGACCCCUCCCUCAGAGAGAGUCUGCAGUCAGAGGCCGAGGUGGACCCCAUGGACGGCGAGCAAACAUGGCCGACAGAAGCAGAGCUUUUGGAGGCUGAAGAGGCCAGAAAAAGCAAAACCAUGAAGGUCCCCAAAGGAACAUCAGACUACCAAGCAACAUGGAUCGUUGAUGACAAUGAGGAGGAAGUGGAUGAUUUAGAUGGAGAAAGCAGUGAUGAUGAUGAUGACAGCAUGAUGGAUGAACCUAUGGAUAAAGACGAUGAAGAGAAUGACUCCCAGGAACCUGAUUCAAGCGGCGUCUCAGAAGAGGAGGAAGACGAAGAGGAAGAAGAGGAGGUGUGCUCCACAGAGAGAGCAGGAGCAGAUCAUCGCUAUGAUGAGAACAUGGAUCAAGCAGGAGAAGAAGAAGGUCUGAAACUCUACCGGGAGGCUCGAUCCCAUGAGAUGUUCCCUGAUGAGGUGGACACGCCCCUUGAUACACCUGCCAGAACCAGGUUCCAGCGCUACAGGGGCUUAAAGAGUUUCCGCACCUCCCCUUGGGACCCCAUGGAGAACUUGCCUCACAACUACUCGCGCAUCUUCCAGUUCCAGAGCUUUGAACGCACCCGCAGACGCAUACUGGCAGAGGCUGCAGCCGAGGAUGAGGGCGCGCUGAGUGGCUGGUACGUGACGCUGCACAUCAUCAAUGUGCCGUUUUCUGUGAUCGAGAGUGUCCAGUCUGGAAAACCCCUGGUGUUGGUGUCUCUCCUGCCUCAUGAACAGAAGAUGUCGGUGAUGCAUGUCUUGGUGCAAAGACACCCCAGUAACACAGAGCCAAUCAAAUCCAAAGAGGAGCUUGUGUUCCACUGUGGAUUCCGGAGGUUUCGGGCUUCCCCGAUAUUCUCUCAGCACACAUCAGCCGACAAGCAUAAGAUGGAGCGCUUCCUGAGGCCCGAUGCUCCCACUGUGGUGUCGUUGUAUGCCCCCAUCACCUUCCCUCCUGCUGGAGUCCUUCUCUUCAAACAAAGAACAGACGGUGUGCAGGACCUGGUGGCUACCGGGAGUCUGCUUAGCUGCGACCCCCAGAGAGUUGUACUGAAGAGGAUUGUCCUUAGCGGACACCCUUUCAAAAUUAACCGACGCUCAGCUGUUGUCCGUUACAUGUUCUUUAACAGAGAGGACAUCAUGUGGUUCAAACCAGUGGAGCUGAGGACAAAAUGGGGUCGCAGAGGCCACAUCAAAGAAGCAUUAGGAACACAUGGUCACAUGAAGUGUGUCUUUGACAACCAGCUGCGGUCCCAAGACACCGUCCUGAUGAAUUUAUACAAAAGAGUGUAUCCUCAUUGGACGUAUGAUCCAUAUGUCCCCUCCCCCUCACCUUGGUUCAAAUCAGAGGUUACUGUGGAUUUGGAGGACUUGGAAAUGGAAUAGAAGAAAACCAAGGAAGAACAGGGAAAAUAACAGCAAGAAUAAAUGCAUGAUUCAGUCAAAAAGUGUCUACAAUAAAGUUAUUUUCAUGCAA